AUGACAACGCGAGGGUUGUUGGAGGUGUGGACCCCACAGCAAGGGCCAAGAGUUGCUGCAUUCAAUGUGCCAAAGCAUGCACGGUUAUUAUACACUCCACACACCCUGCUUGGUGUGAAUAGUGUGCGAGGUGUCCGAUGUAAGGUCUUCCCAGUUCUGUUUGUGACUCCUGACGGGCAAAUCAGCGAAGUUAUUGUUCCCUUCCAUAUGGCUCUUGGUGGGAAGACAAGCAAGAGAGCCCGAGAUCUGCACCUUCUGAAGACCCUCAAGUCUCACCUGAGAAACAACAACGAGGAAGAGGUACUGAAGACCGUCUCCGAGAUAAAGACAUCGGGCGUCCGGAAACAGGCAGUCCAGGCCCUGAUCCUGUCACAGCAUCUCACCUCGUCGCUGCUGCAGGGUUUGCUGGACAUCUUUCUACCUGUUUACUGUCCUGAUGCAGAAGAGGAGAAAGAAGAUGGUGUUCAGAGCCAAGAUCAUGAGAGCCGUCUUCUCGGCCAGCAGCUUCUACGCUUGAAGCAGUUGUUGCAGCUCUACAUGGUGUUGGUAGAACUACACACAAGCCGGGAAGCUUCGCCGGACCCAGAUGAUGAAACAUUAGUGUUGCAACUAGCAAGACUUCUGGUUCUGACGCCAGCGGAAACCAAAGCGUUCCUGUCAACCUUUGAACAUUAUGCGAACUCCAAGACUACGAAUUCAAAGAAGGUCAGAUUUUCCGAUUCAUCAGUGAACUUUAGCAUAGGCUCUUUUAUUCGCUGCUGGGAUGUAACUGUAGGAUCUUUAGUGAAGGAUUUGGCCAACAAAACGCUCCCUGUUAACAUGAAAGAAGACAUUCAACAAGAGAAGCGUUUGAGACUGGGGGAAUUCCUCUAUGGCUGGGCUUGGCAUAGUGAAAGCAUGAAGAAGUUCAGUCAGGCCAUCGAAGAAAGCGGAAGCAACUUGGAGUCCUUACUGCAUGUAGCACUACACCAUUGGUCCCUUUGCUGCAGUCCUGACACAGUGUCAGCCCUUCAUCUAGGCACAAUAUUUUACUGUCUGUCCACAUUAGCGGGAGAAAAGGUGCUAUGCGAUAUUAGCCAGCUGAGUCCUUGGUGGAGCUCAGUAAGGGAUAAGUUAGUGGCCUCCACCCAGCCUUACCAAGCCUACAUUGCGUCACUCUUGUGCCGAGGCGUUCAUGCCAACCUGGAAGCUCGGUUGCAUUCCACUGUGACAGAAAAUGCCUUGCACUUCAAAAAGGACAUUAUCCAGACCAAUGCCGAGGAUGACACAGACCAUAAAUACUUAUCUCUGAACGACUGGGAAGGACUUUCGAUGGAGAUGGUCGAAUGGAAUCUGGUGAUUGGCCAGUUAGAGUGUCUUCUUCCUCUGAAUCAGUUCUUGUCACUCGUACCAGAGAACGGGCCUCAGAGACAACCCAAGCUUGAGGUGUCAGUAAAGGACCUUCUUGAUAAAGGGAAAGGAUAUGUUGCCGAGCUUGUUGCGAACUGGUUCAUUGGCUCCGGCAUGGAUCAUGAGUGUGUGGUGCAACUUGUGCGAAAGCAGGACGAGCUCAGGAGACUGGAGAAGGAGGAGUUGGAGAAAAUGGACGAUGAUUCAGAGCAGACGGAUCAAAUGGAGGUCACCUCUGAUUCUGUUCCAAAUGACCUGAAGCAAGUUGAUGGGAAAAUAGCUGAAUUUUUAAAGAAUGUUAGCAAGAAAUUCCCAAAUUCCGUGGCAGCAGAUUCAGUUCUAACGAACAUGAGCUGGGAGUUAGUGGCAGCGUGGAACAAAGCGAGGGAUGACACCAAUUUGAUCUCGCAGGCUGUGAAGCUUGUUGGAAGUAUAAGGAAUUCACAUAUUAGACAUGGUGUUUCACUGAUGCUGUGGGAAACAUGGGUGAGCCAGUUUGUCCAGUUAACGACAAGUCUGAUGGACAAAGUCGGGAGGAUACCCAAAGACCGACUGUGCCGAAGGGACCUUGGCCUCGGGGAACACAACCUUGCUCCAGUGCUACAGGCAGUCCUCACCCUCCUUGAACAAAUUAUGGAAGCUAAUGUAGUUUGUGAGGUGGAGAAGCCAUUGGUCAUUCCAGCAGAUAGUUUCUGGAGUGGACAGGAAGGGUCGCCAGCCUUGGUAGAGCUCACAGUGAUGCAGAAGAUGACCUGUUAUGACCUUGUGUACCAGCAUUACCAGCUUGUCUCUGUCCUCUAUCUAGUCACGCAACAUGGGUUGAAGUCCGUGAGGCCACUGACCUAUUUUGAUGGCAAGGACCGUAGCGUCUUGUUCAAGCCUCUGACAACCAGUUGGACUAUCGGAGGCCACACAGACCCAACUGUUAUAAAGGCUCGCUUAGCUCUCUUAUGCAGAGUAAUCACAGCCGCAGUUUCCUCACUUCCAGACACUACAGAAUAUAACCAGGGAGAUUCACUGAGUAUUCGCCAGGCAAUAGACCUGGGUAGAGCAUGGGGAACUUCACUAGAUGUGUUACACCGUCAUCAUAUAUGCGAACUGUACACUUCUGGGCUUGAUAAAUUGGCAGAAGAGGAGCUGCCAACCAUUAGUGAUGCUACGUUGUUGGGGUCGCAGCUGGUCCUUAUUGCCGGGCAGAGGCUGAACUACCAGCUGGAAAACUCUCCGAGGACCGCACACCAUCUGGCUCUAACCUCCCCUACUAUUACUGAGUGGAUUAAGUCCUGUGAUGCCGGAAGUCUUCGUUGCCCAGCCGCUCCCCUAGAAAGUACAGUGACGUUAUUAACACACGCUCUCAGUCUGUUGCCAGAAGAUGCACAGGAGCACAAAAUGGCAACAGCCCUCUACGAUACUCUCACGGCAUUUGUAAAGGACCAGAGUAAUGCCGACAAGUAACCGAGCAGCGUUAGUUCCUUGUUCGGCAGUUUGGAAUGUCUUUCACCCACCAUCUAUAUCCAUUACAAUAUCCGCUUAUAUAGAUAAUUCAUUAGUCAUAUAGUACUGUAAUCGCAAUUGCUGUAUUAUAUUCAUUCAUCUUUUUUUAUUCUUAAAGUCAUCCUCAUUAUCAUAAUUAUGUUAGCAUUUAUGUUUUAUUACUAUUUAUUAACAUAUUGACAUAUGUAUUUAUAUUCAGUUUGUAUGCAAUAUUUUUCACCCAUAGGGAGCAAGGGUAUAAAAUUCAGUUCUUACUAUGCUUUAAGCUCUGUGUCACGGACUACAUGAAUAUAUAUAUAUUUUAAGAAGAAGAAAACAAUUGUGCUUCAUUUUUAUAAUUUGUCAUAUUCAAAUUCAUAUUGUGAAAAUUGUAGAGACUGUCUUGUGUAAAAGUCACUCUGUUCAUUGUCAGUACAUCUUAUUCACCCAAAGGAACAUAGUGUGAAUGUAAUUUAAGCUUUAAUUGGUUUGUUAUGAAAUCUGACAAUAAAAAUGUUUCUAGUUUCAUCAUGACAAUGUUAUUUCAAGUCUAUUCUUGUUAUGGUUGAAAUGUUGUUCAUUGUUUUCAGAAUAUAAAAGUAAUAAAAAGUAAUAGAAGUAUGAUUUUAAUAUUUGAUAUUCAAUAAAAUAAAUCCUUGCUAGAGUCUA